AUGGAUUCCUUUUACACCAUGAAAACCACCAACACCGCCUACAUCAGUGACUCCAAGCUCAACACCAUCGCCAACGCGGACAUCAAGCACGACACCUCCAAGAUGAGCCAGGCCGGCUCAAACCGUAACCCCCCUCGCCGCAGGGCCAGCAAGUCCUCCUACUUUGGCCACCGCGCCAAGCAGCCGUCGGGAAGCAGCUUCUCCUCCUCUUCUGACAAGAGCGAAUACAACUGGCCUUUUACUGGCGAGGAUGGCCCCACCGGACCCAGCCAGGGGCGCAGCGACUUUGCGGCCCCAGCUAGCGAGAGCACACCGUCACAACAGAUGCUGUUGAGGGAAAUUGGGGCGGCACUGACGCUGUAA